AUGGCGCCUAUACAUCCUCUGCCUCUUUCUGAGGAGUGGAAAGAUCCCGACGAAUAUGUCCAAGCCCUUCUUUCCUUUGCGACUGAGUCGGUCAUGUUCAUCAACCUUUGCGGCGGGGUGCAUAUUCUCGAUUUCUUGACUCGCGAACCCGAUUUGUAUGCGACAUUACUGCCCGAGGAUUGGCGGGCAUUCUUCGAUCAACAUGAUAUCCACAGCACUUUACAGUUGCUCUUACGAGAAGAUAUUGGCCCGCUUUGCGACAGCGCAGAAACAACCGACAGAACCUGGAAUGGAGGCGCAUUCCCACCUGCGAGUCUUCUCGAAUACAUUCGCAAUGUCCGCCGACUUACCCUCCUCCGUGACUUUACCCCAGACCCGAAGAACAAUGAACGUCUCCCUAGACAUGUUGCAGUUGGAAUGAACAAGAAGAAGACCCACGAGGUUGAGCAAUUCUCCAAAUAUGUCGCCUCCUUGUCGGAUACCGUAAAUGAGCGUCGCGGAGAACCGCUGUCCCACAUUGUGGAUUUCGGAUCUGGGCAAAACUAUCUGGGGCGCACGCUGGCUAGUGCGCCAUAUCAUAAGCAUAUCAUUGCGAUUGAGCGCAAGCACCAGUACAUCAGCGGUGCAAACCGCAUGGAUAUUCAUGCUCGACUGGCCAAGCAAGAAAAGCAGAAAAACAUGUACAUCAAGAAGCAGCGGAAGAAGUGUCUUGACUGUACCGACACUCCGGAGCUGGCAGAGAAGGUCGAAACUCCUAAAACUGAAACAGAAGAUUCAACAGAGAAUGUGGCAGAGAAGCCCACUGAGGAUGAUGAUAAUGAAAACACCUUCAUGCUGAGCGAGAUGAGCUUAGAGCCCGAUGAUGUGGUCGUUCCUUUCGAGAAGCCUCGGCCUCAUGUUCCAAAGCCCCCACCAGAGAUCGAUACCAGGGGACACGUCAGUUACAUUGAGCACGAAAUCCAAGAUGGCUACCUGGAACCCAUCAUCGAUCACGUCGUCGAUCCAAAGACACCUGGGAAUGGAACCGAGGCAGAACCCACCCAAUCCGAGAAGAAGCCCAGCGACGCCCGAGUCAUGGUGGUCUCCUUACACUCAUGCGGAAACCUCGUCCACCACGGCGUCCGUUCCCUUACGCUCAACCCAUCGGUAGUUGCAAUCGCCAUGAUAGGCUGUUGCUACAACCUCCUCACCGAGCGCCUGGGUCCAGCAACCUACAAACUCCCAAAUCUACGACCCCUCCAUCCCCGCCUCAAACAAACAGGCGACUCUUACGACCCGCACGGCUUCCCCAUGUCGAAGCUCUACGAAGACUACGAAUCUGAGACGAUCAAAGGAAUGAAACUAAACAUCACUGCCCGAUCAAUGGGUGUCCAAGCCCCUUACAACUGGGGCUACGCCGACAGCGAAGGCUUCUUCACGCGCCAUUUCUACCGCGCCCUACUACAACGCGUGCUAGUUGACCGAGGCGUCGUCCCCAGACCGGCUAUCCCCACAGAUCUGUACAAAAACGACGAGUCUCAAAUUGCGCUAAUCGUUGGCUCCCUCCGCAAGGCUGCAUUUGAAUCAUUCACUGCGUACGUCCGCGCCGCAACGGUCAAGCUCAGCCGUGAUCCCACUCGCGGUGACCUUGUCAAGGAGCGGAUUACCACUAUGUCUGAUGAGGAAUUCAAGCAAUAUGAAAAGGACUAUCUGCAUACACGCAAGAAUCUUAGCGUGGUGUGGAGUCUCAUGGCGUUCAGUGCGCAGGUUGUUGAAGCUGUCAUUGUUGUAGAUCGUUGGCAAUUCCUCCGUGAAAACGACUGUGUCAAGGAGUGCUGGGUUGAGCCUGUUUUCGAGUAUGGUGAGAGCCCUAGGAACCUGGCUGUCAUUGGUAUUAAAAAGUGA